AGUGCAGCUCUCGCCAGAGGAGGCUGCCUCUGCUCGACAAGACCACGACAAACCGCUGAAAUAUUAACGCAUUUAAACCCACCGUAAAUGGGUUUAUCACCUUCUGAUACGUUACUAUAUUUGGGACGGAUUUCCUCUACCAAAGGUUGUGGAUGGAUUGUUUCAUUAGUUUUGUCACACGAAGUCUUGCAACGCCCUGUCAGCAGCUACAGCUCGGUCAGUGACGCUGGAGAGUUCCGCGGUUUACAAUGGCAGUCUUCAGUCACCAGGUGCUCUUCGCCGUGACACGAUCAAGGGGAUCGUAUUUGCUGUCCAAGAGACACAGCUGCUCCUCUCUGUCUUCCAAAGCCUAUCUCCAUGUAGACCCGCCCCAUAAGUUUGGAGUGGUUUCUUCCAGACACUCCCGCUAUAUCUACCCCAACAGCAACAGCCUUGGCCACAGGGCAACCCUUUUUGCUCGCUCUUUGCACGGCUCAGGAGCCUGGCUCCAGGAUAUAAAACCUGAGGACAAUAAGCCCACUGCAGCCUCUGCUCAGGAUGCUUCGACAACCAAAAAGGAUUCUGGGAUUGUUUCGCCUCCUGCAGCCUCACCUGCCCAGACCACCACAGUCGCUGCAGCGCCCCCACCGCAAGAGAGGAUGCUUGUCAAAAAGUCUCUGUACCACAGAGUUGUGGACGAACUGAAGCACUACUACAAUGGCUUUCGGUUACUGGGAAUUGACAUUAGCAUUGCUGGAAGGAUGGUGUGGAGACUACUGCACGGACAAAUACUCACACGUAGGGAAAGGAGGAGGCUCAUGAGGACUUGUGCCGAUCUGUUCCGCCUGGUCCCGUUCAUGGUGUUCAUCAUCGUCCCUUUUAUGGAGUUUCUUCUGCCUGUUUUUCUGAAGCUUUUCCCUGAGAUGCUGCCCUCUACCUUUGAGACAGAGUCCAAAAAGGAGGAGAAGCAGAAAAAGGGUUUGGCUGCAAAGCUUGAACUGGCCAAGUUCCUCCAGGAGACGAUCGCUGAAAUGGCCCGAAGGAACAAGGCCAAAGCUCAGACGCAGGAUGAGGCUCAGCGCUUCUCCACAUAUGUACAGAAAGUACGAGUCACUGGUGAGCAGCCAACGACUAAGGACAUUGUAAAGUUUUCCAAACUGUUUGAGGAUGAGCUGACACUGGAGCAUCUGGAGCGCCCCCAGCUGGUCGCUUUGUGCAAACUGCUGGAGCUACAGCCCAUAGGCACCAACAACUUGCUACGUUUUCAGUUAAUGAUGCAACUGAGAACUAUCAAGGCAGAUGACGAGAUGAUUGCUGCAGAGGGUGUAGCAGCCAUGAGUGUGUCAGAGCUCCAGGCUGCAUGUCGUAGUCGUGGGAUGAGGUCUUUGGGUCUCACCACUGAUCAGCUCCGACAACAAAUGCAGCAGUGGUUGGAUCUGCAUCUGAAAGAGAAUGUCCCUCCUUCACUUCUAUUGCUGUCAAGAGCCAUGUACCUGACAGAUCUCAAACCAAAGGCUCCAGUCAUCCCCCCUGUUCCCAAACUCGAGAAGACUAACCCUCCACCUCCUGUGGAUAAGACCGAGACAAACACAUCUUCAGCCAGUGCAGACGUUCUUAAGGACCCUGCUCUCAUUAUUAAAGACAGACCAGUGGAAGAGAUGAGAGAUAAGGCCCCUGCCUUGUCUGAUAAACCUCUCACUCCGGCUGAAGUCCUUCAGGCAAAAGCGGCAACCGAAUUGUCUCACAAGAGCAAGAUGAGCGCCAAUGGUGUUUGAAGAAGACUCAAAGCCUCUGCCCGAGAGAGGGAGUGAUACAGAAAUGGACUAGUCACAGGCAGCGCACAUCAGUCCAUCCCUAAAUAGUUUGAGUAAACGCUCCUCUUUAGUAGGACAGGAUCCUGUGGCUUUGUUGCGCUUAUUUCACCAUAGAGGCUUGUGAAGGGGUAAAUGAAUCCCUCAUUUGAGCUACUCCAUGCACUCCAUUCUGUCGCUUUUUUCUGUAGAGUCUCAAAAGGAGAACCAUCAGUGCAGUUGAUUUGAUAUCAUGAACAGCCCUCUCUCUACGGCCCAGCUGGCUCUCACUCCACUUUGUGUACAUUUGUAAAUACUCUGUAAAUUAAUGCCUCUUACAUUGCAGCAGCUCCUCUGUACAGUUUGCUAUGCAAAGGUCAUUGUCUCUUGAAUUUUUCAAGUUUUCUCUUGUAAUUAUAGUUUUAUUUGUAGAUCUAAAAAUCUGGUUCAGGAAAUGAAAAAAGUAAUUUACUCCCAGAUUUCUAUUGAGCGUUUUUAGUUCAAUAGAUGUUUCAAAUUUAGCUGAUGUGACUCAACAUGCGCACACAGUAGCCCUCCUGUAGUUACACUCUGGAGGUAUUGUUCUAAUAUGGAUUGACUUUGAAUCUAGUUAUUCUGGCACUUGCUGCUUGAUUAUAAGAUUAAAACUCAUAUUUUAUUGAGAGAGCACUCGUUCCCUAAAGAGGUGUCUGGGGUAAACGUUUACUGUAAUUUGAGCUGACAAACUUUGACAAAUUCAGGUUUUUAUCUGACUGUAAACAGUGUAAUGUAUUGUAUUUUAACAUUGCUAAUAUUUAAAUCAGAAAAGAGAAAAUACUUGAUGUUGUCCAUAAAGAUAUAUUAUUGUGGGAAAGAAUUCCCUGAUUAGAUUAUUAUUUUUGGUAUUUUAGACUAAAAAGUUAAUGUUUAAAAUAUGAUAUUGACCUGCCCUCUCUAUUACAGACCUAAAUAUUAAGCUCUUGAAGACAUUUUGGAAAGUUUACCUGAAAAGCGGUUUGCAGUUUGUUUUUGUUCAUGUACCAUUCUCAUUUUUCUUGGCACACUUUUGGAGACCUGGCCUCUGCGACUUAUGCUCCAAACGUGUCUUUGCUCUUGAUCCAUAGGCACUAUCAUUUUGUGCCAUAAAC